UAUCAACUACAUUUUACUUUCCCCCAAACUCCAUAUUAUAUAUGUGUGUAUCUUCUCUUCAUUGAACCCAACAAUUAACUUGGGCUUUCUUAAGAUCUUCGGAGGAGUAUUCUUGGGGAUUUGCAGCCAUGGAGUUUACUAGCUUGGUUGAUACUUCGUUGGAUCUCAACAUAAAACCUCUCCGGCCGGCCGGAGAUGCCGGACUACCGCCGAAGCAAGAAGUGGAGAGCAAUUUCAUUGGGUUGGGCAUCAACAUGGCAAUCAAAAAUGAGGCGGAUGGUCUAGUGGAGGAGUUGAAUAGAGUGAGUGCGGAGAACAAGAAACUGACGGAAAUGCUGACAAUCAUGUGUGAGAAUUACAAUGUUUUGAGGGAGAAAUAUAAGUACAUGAUGAAGAACAAUAAUGGAUGUGAGGAAAACAGUAGCCCUGUGGGUGUUCUGGGAUCAAGAAAGAGGAAAUCGGAGAGCAACAACGUUAAUAAUAAUGGAGGACAACACUCGGAGAGCAGCUCCAGUGAUGAAGAUUCUGUCAAGAAACCCAGGGAGGAACAACAACACCAUCAACAACAACCACAGCACAUCAAAUCUAAGACCUCCAAGGUUUAUGUCCGGACGGAAUCCUCUGAUACCGGCCUGAUUGUGAAGGAUGGGUAUCAAUGGAGGAAAUAUGGGCAGAAGGUGACUAGAGAUAAUCCAUCGCCCAGAGCUUACUUCAAAUGCUCUUUUGCUCCCACCUGCCCAGUCAAGAAAAAAGUUCAGAGAAGCGUGGAAGAUCAGUCGGUUUUGGUGGCGACCUAUGAGGGAGAGCACAACCACCCACACCCCUCAAAGAUGGAUCAAUCAUCCACUCCGCCUGCCCGUUCUGCUCCGGCCCCUAGCACCACCUCAGCCCUCACCACUCUCAACUCCUCAGGACCAACCAUCACCCUUGACUUAACAGACCCCAAACCCAAACCAUCAUUACCCAUCGCCGCCGCCGCCAGAGUAUUGCCGCCGGCGGCAGACAGACCGGACUUCCACCAAUUCUUGAUAGAACAGAUGGCUUCUUCCUUGACAAAAGAUCCCAGCUUCAAAGCAGCUCUUGCAGCCGCCAUUUCCGGAAAGUUAAUCUUUCCUCAUAAUCAGACAGAAAAAUGGUAAACAAAAAAUUACUAUAGAAGCAUUGCAGUUGUUUUUGUGAUAGUCUUUGACGAAUGGAAAGGUUUGAAGUGAAGUAGAAGUAGUUGAAUUAAUGUAAAUACCAGUUUAGGGUAUACAUCAAUGUUGAAGAGGGACCCAUACCAUAUGGAUGGGUAGCUAAGAGCUUCAAGGCUACUUUUGAUUGGAUUACUCAAGUGGUUGAAUUCAAGACUUCAAAUCACAAUUAAGAAUUCUUACCAACUUUGCUUGACUA